AUGAAUUAUCAAAACGAUGGCGUUGAAAAUUCAGUGAAUUAUCAAAACGAUGGCGUUGAAAAUUCAGUGAAUUAUCAAAACGAUGGCGUUGAAAGUUCAAUGAAUUAUCCAUACGAUGGUGUAGAAAAUUCAAUGAAUUAUCCAUACGAUGGCGUUGAAAAUUCAAUGAAUUAUCCAUACGAUGGCGUUGAAAGUUCAAUGAAUUAUCUAUACGAUGGUGUAGAAAAUUCAAUGAAUUAUCUAUACGAUGGUGUAGAAAAUUCAAUGAAUUAUCCAUACGAUGGUGUAGAAAAUUCAAUGAAUUAUCCAUACGAUGGUGUAGAAAAUUCAGUGAAUUAUCCAUACGAUGGUGUUGAAAAGUCAAUGAAUUAUCUAUACGAUGGUGUUGAAAAUUCAGUGAAUUAUCAAAACGAUGGUGUUGAAAAUUCAGUGAAUUAUCCAUACGAUGGUGUUGAAAAUUCAAUGAAUUAUCUAUACGAUGGCUUUGAAAGUUCAAUGAAUUAUCCAUACGAUGACAUUUAA